AUAUGAACCCGGGAAAUUCGGAAUAACCCCUGACCUCGAGGCAUGGAGGCGGCUGAGCAGAGAGAGGCGAUUAUCUGUGAGCUCAGAGCUAUUGAGAGCAGCGCGGCCAGUCUGGUGAAGUCUUUAAGGCUGUUGGUGGAUUUGACAGACCCUGAGAAGGGAGAACUGGUCCCGGCCCAGAGGAAGGUAACUGACUCGCUGUCUGUGUGGAAGAACCUCUUUGCUGCAGCGGCACCACCUUCCCCUACACCACCGUAAAUUAUGUCUGAUCCAGAUGGAGAGGACAAUCCUCCUAAGCCUUUCAGCGCAUUUGCCUAUGAAGCAAACCCUGACACUGAUGCCCUCACAUUAAGUGAUUCAGAUCCCGGGUUAUCAGAUGAUGAUGAUGAAGAUGAUGGUGUAGCAUACCACAGCGCAGAAGAAGAAGAAGAGGAGGAAGACGAAGUGGAGAACGAACGCGAAGGAGUGCAGAAUCCCUCUGUGCUGCCAUUUUCUUUAAAGGGGACAAAUGCCACCUUUAGCCAACGCAGCCAAGAUAUUUUUGGGGGGCUGAAGGAAGUGCAAAUGUUAGUACCUACUGGGCAGGUAGUUGGCAGUGAAAAAUGCCAGAGUAGCUCUUCUGAUGAAGAGACAACAGAAGCACCCAAACAGUUAGAAAAAGGCGACACUCAGGGGAUUGCACAGUCAGAGUCAACAAGCGCUGGUAGAGCUGGUCUAGUCUCACAACGUGAAAAGCCUAUGGUGCCCCCUUCACGCCUCCCUGAUUACUUGGCACACCCAGAGCGGUGGACUAAAUACAGUCUGGAGGAUGUACCAACAUCAAGUGACCGAUCCAACCGCAAUACUGCUCUCAGCUUUUUGGCAGACCUGCAGAAAAAAAAAGAUGUUAAGGUGGUGCUCCCUGAUCCAAAUUCUCUUUCCUUCAAUCAAGACUCUUCCAGCAGCGGGAAGGGAAGGAUUCUUUUUUCCAGACCCAACAAAGCGUCUCGUGGUGGCGCUGAGAAGAGCGAGUCCCACACGAACCAGUUGAAAACUUCUAAAACAUGGGAAGAAGAAGAAAAUAGCGAGGCGGCGGGAGAAAAAAACGAAAAUACAAUCUUAGGGUUUCACGGAGUAAAGAAACGCAGCAGGAAAAAUAUCCGGCUGAAAAACGAACUCAGUGACGAGGAGAAUUCUCCCUGAUGAUGGUGGUGGAUUUGAUGUCUCUGGAACGUGAUUUAGCAAUACGUCCUAAGACCGAGCUUGCGUUGUGUGCAUGUCCACUGAUAAAUGAGGGGACAACAUAACCUAUAACAGUCCUCUGCCUCUGGAUAGAUUUGUUUCCGUUUGGCAGCUCGUUUUGUAAGGUUUAUAGUGACGAAAUGCAUUGCUUAUCAUUAACCACCUUCUUGCAAGGGCUUUAUUUACCAAUAUACAUUGUUACUUAGUUCACCUUUUAGGGUAGCAAUUUCAAUACUUAGUCUCCAUUGUCAGUCUGAGUACAACGAACCGCACUAAAAUGUGCAAGCCCCUGCCGCCCUUUACAGUCCGGCGUUCCACGGGCUUCCAUCGUUUUAUCGUUCUGUAUGUUUUAUAUCUGAUGCUGUGCUAUUAAAGAUGGCUUGGGAAUAUUAAA